AACAUGAGAAUAUAUUACAUUCUCCAUUGGGAUGCUGUCGUUGGUGAUGGAGGGACUGAAGACAGACAUCGUGACCCGUUUAGAUGUCUUCACUGGCAAGCUACCGAUGCAGCCCGAGUUACGUAGAAUUUCCGCCAUCCUGACUCGCCUCGCUUCGCACAUCAUUUGCUCUGCAAAGAACAAGCUGACGGAUAUGGUAAGCAACCUGAAAGAUCUUGUCAUGACUCGGCAGCGGGACAUUUCCCGCAUUGUGACGCCCCACAUCCAGACAACAAUGCUUGGCGAGUAUGAGCAGUGUGCAGCUGACUCCGGCAAGGGGGUGUUUGUCCGCAUGAAGGGGUACAUGGCCCAGGGUAUCGACAACAAGCGGGGCCUAAUGUUUGACGAGGCAAACCAGAUGCUGAUGAAACAACUGGUGAAACUGCGGGCGGAACUAGUUCAACUUGUUAAGGGUGUUACAGACAGCCUCAUCACAGACUUGAGGCGGGGUUUCGAACCCCUUUGGAAGGCCACAUCUAAGUCAUUGGCGGCGCGACAGGCAUUUGCAAAAGAUCUUGAUGAGUUCAAAAACAAAAUGCGAGUCAUUUACCGAGAAGCUGGUAUUCAGAACACAGAGGAGGGGCCCCUAACCCUUGCCCCCACACAGAGACACCCUGCUGGUGCUGCUCAGGGGUCCGAAAGUGUUACCGCUGUUGCUAUGGUACAGGGGUAUUCCACGGUUGCUAGGCAACCUGAGAGGCAGUCAUACACGAAUACAAUUCACAAGAAGAAAGACACUUCGUGUGACACAGCAAACUCUGAGACAUUUGGACAACAGACUAUGAAUGACAUUUAUCAGCAUCCUCUGGAGGACAGCCCCUUGGAGGUUGUGAAAUCUAUCCCAGCAGCCGUGUCACUACUACCUAAGACCAAACCGGACGACAUAGCUCCGUUUUCUGAACCACCAGCAAAGAAGUCAAAACGAGAAAAACCUCAGAGAACUUACAACCAGGCUAGGCACAUUGCCGGCAUGCAGACUUCUAGCCAACAAGUAUCAAGCCUUUCCUCGACUAGGACAAUCCGAUCUACAAUGAGGAACUCCAGCAAACAUGCCCGGAGUGGACAGAAAGGCAAGGGGUCAGGAAAGGGAAAAGGAAAGAUGAGGAGCCUGUUGCUCUCCGAGACGAACACGCUCAAACAAACUUUUGAGAUAGAGUUGUCAGAUGACGAAGAAGAAACAAAACUAUGACGCACAACAUGAAUACGAC